AUGACAAGUCGGCGCCAACGUCCACAACCCGACCAUCACAUACAAUGUUAUCCUUAUCCAACGGCUAUUUUUUAUGAUGAUUCUUAUCCUGUUACGGAUGACAUCUAUCCUGUUAUGGAUGAGAGUUUUGUUGGCGUUUCUAGCUCUUUGGAUAUUGAAAGUGCCCACCAAAAUCUUUUUCAUCGUGAUGCCCAUAUUGGCUUUCAUUACGAAGAUUCCUCCACAAUUGCCUCAUCGUCUUCUGGACCAAGUUUACGAUCAAAAAGUCAUGGAACUGAACAUGCAAAUAUUAUUACUCCUUUGUCUUCAGACAAUUUGUCUUCUCUGGUAUCAAACUGUCAAGCUAAAGAUCAGCCAAUUAAUGUCCCCUCAAUGAUUCCUGACCAAUAUAAUAUCAUCGAGCGUUUGGCACGUUCAUCAAAGAAAAACCCCUCCUUUACAUCAUGUUGUGCUAAUGGCAAAAUCCAAUUGCCUACUGCUCCUAACACACCUCAAUUUCUAGAUGAUCUUUUAAAUCCUGACAAAGGUUCAUUGUCCAUCAAAUUCCGGCAUAACAUUCGUGCUUAUAAUUCAAUGUUUGCUUUCACUUCAAUGGGAGCGCAGAUUGAUCAUACUGUCAAUUCUCAACCAGGGCCAUAUAUAUUUAAAAUAAAUGGACAAUGUCAUCAUCUUAUGGGAUCAUUAGUACCAAUUGAUGCUGAAUCACCAAGAUUUGCACAACUAUACAUCUUUGACACAGACAAUGAAAUUGCUAAUCGACUACACCCUUUUAAUAAUGAUAAUUGUCAAUCAUCUUUAGAUGAAAAUGUUGUCAACAAACUUAUUGACAUGCUUGAUUCUUCCAAUGCAUUGGUUAAAUUGUUUCGUCAAGUUAGACAUAGACUUAACAAUGAUGAAUUCCCGAAUUUCAAACUUCGUUUAAUUGGUAAAAGAGAUGGUGACUCAAAGCAAUAUGAUGAUCCUUCCUCUAAUGAUGUAUGUGGUUUAAUUGUUGGCGAUAUUGGAGAAUCACAAACUGAUAGAGAUAUUAUUAUUGAAGGUUAUUCUAGAAAUCUCCGCAGGAUCUCUAAAUUGCAUCCAAAAUUUAUGUCUCUUCAGUAUCCACUCUUAUUUCCUUAUGGUGAAGAUGGUUAUCAUACUGACAUUUUAUUCACAAAUCAAGAGCAUUAUACUCCUUCAAAACGUCAAAAAGUUACAAUGCGAGCAUAUUAUGCUUAUGUCAUUCAAGAAAAAUUAGGAGAUAGUAGUACACUUACCAAAGGCGGAAGACUUUAUCAACAAUUUUUAGUUGAUGCAUUUAUGAAUGUUGAACAAGAACGCCUUGAUUUCAUUCGCUCAAACCAAGAAAAUCUGAGAACUGAAUCUUAUAAAGGUGUCCAAGACGCAGUUUUAAGAGGUGAUGUUAAUGGUUCAAGUACUGGAAAAAUCAUCCUCCCCUCUUCUUUAACUGGAAGCCCUAGAUACAUGAUUAACAAUUAUCAUGAUGCAAUGGCUAUAUGUCGUCAUUAUGGUAAUCCUGACCUUUUUAUUACAUUCACUUGCAAUGUCAAUUGGCCUGAAAUUCAAAGAGAAAUUAAAAAAAGCCGAAAUUAUAAAGCUGAAGACAAACCUGACAUAAUUGCAAGAGUAUUUCGAUACAAACUUAAUGAUAUGAUUUCAUUCAUUAAAUCAGGACAGCCCUUCGGGAAAACAAUUGCUGGUAUUUUUCUGAUGUCGAUUCAGUUAUUUCAGGCUGAACUGCCAAACAGAGCAGAUGAUCCUCAUUGCUAUGCAAUUGUUUUAAAAUUUAUGCUGCAUGGUCCAUGCGGAAUUGCUAGCCCAAAAGCCCAAUGUAUGAAGGGAAAUCAAUGUUCAAAAAAAUUCCCUAAAAAGUUUAAGCAAUCAACGGUUUUCGGUGAAAAUGGCUUUGUGUUUUACAAGCGACGAAAUUUCCCUGCGUCAUUUGUUAUGAAAAAUGGAAUUGCUCUCUCUAAUUCCUAUGUUGUCCCAUACAACAAAGAGCUUCUAAUCCGUUAUAAUGCUCAUGUUAAUGUUGAAAUUUGUUGCCAAUCAAUGCUCAUAAAAUAUCUUUUCAAAUAUGUUAGCAAAGGAUCUGAUAGGUGUCGAGCUGUUAUUCAAGGUCAAACAAACGAUGAGAUUCAGGCUUAUCUUAAUUGUAGAUUUGUUUGUCCUUAUGAAGCUGUAUGGCGACUCUUACAAUUUCCAAUCCAUUCAAGAAACCCAGCAGUUGAAAGACUUCAAAUACAUUUGCCAAUGCAACAUUCUGUUGUUUUCUUUGGAAAUCAAAACUUAUCUUCUGUUUUAAGAAAAAAUGGUCUCAAUAAGACAAUGCUCACAGGAUGGUUUGAUCAGAACAAAGAAGAUGUUGAAGCAACACAGUUAUAUUACUCGCAAUUUCCAAACAAAUAUGUUUGGGAUGCUAGGCAGAAAGAAUGGAUUUACAGAACAAGAGGUUUUUCACUUGGACGUAUAACAUAUGUGCAUCCUGCUGCUGGCGAAUUGUAUUUCUUAAAGAUGCUUUUAAAUCAUGUUAAAGGAGCUACAAGCUUUGAAUAUCUACGUUGUGUCUCUGGUAUUGUUUAUCCAACCUUUCAACUCGCCUGCAAAGCACUUGGUCUCCUUGAUGAUGGCAAAGAAUGGGCUGAAGCUUUUUCAGAAGCUGUUUUAACUGCUUCCUCCUCACAACUUAGGCAACUAUUUGUCAGUGUCACUCUAUUUUGUCAAAUUGCUAGCCCCCAAGAUUUGCUUGAUCAAUUUUGGCACACAAUGCAUGACGACAUUAGAAUCAAGCUAUCAUCUUUCUCCCCACAUAAUCUUCAUUUCAGUGAUAAUGAACUUAAAAAUUAUGUUCUUUAUGAACUUGAACAACUUUUCAAUGCCUUGGCAACAUCCCUCAAAGACUAUAAUUUACCACUGCCAAAUGAUCGUUUGAUGUCUGAAAUUAGAAAUAAUCUCCUUAGAGAAGAACUCAAUUAUGAUAUUUCUGAACUUCGAAGCAAUAAUGAAGCAUCAAUUUCAUUACUUAACACAUGCCAAAAGAAAAUUUAUGAUCGAGUUAUGGAAUCAAUUUCAAAAAAUCAACAAUCUCUUAUUUUUGUUUACGGGCAUGGCGGCACAGGGAAAACUUUUUUAUGGCAUUCACUUAUUAAUAGUAUUAGAUCAGAAGGGUUAAUUGUUCUUGCUGUUGCAUCAUCAGGAAUCGCAUCUAUUCUGCUCCCUGGUGGUCGCACAGCUCACUCAAGGUUUAAGAUUCCUCUUGCUAUAAAUGAGAACUCAACAUGUGAAAUAAAAAAAAAUACUCAUCUUUCAAGGUUGAUUGAAACGACAACACUUAUUGUAUGGGAUGAAGCUCCUAUGAAUAAUCGCUACUGUUUUGAAACAUUGGAUAGAUCAUUACGUGAUAUAAUGGGCCAAACUGGUCAUUCCAAUCAUAACCAACCUUUCGGUGGGAAAUCUAUUUUACUUGGUGGGGAUUAUCGUCAAAUUCUCCCUGUUAUACCUGGAGGAACAAAAGAAGAUAUUAUUAAUGCUUCCUUAAGUAGUUCACCACUCUGGCCAAAAUUUGAAAUCAUGUUGCUAAAACAAAAUAUGAGAUUGUCAAUUGCUGGUCUUAGUUCAGAUGAAAUCAAUGAAAUUAAAACAUUUGCUAAAUGGAUUCUUAAAAUAGGUGACGGAGACCUUUGUGAUAUACCUUUUUUUGAUGAACUUGAUGAAUCUUUGAUUAAAAUUCCAUGUGAUUUGCAACUACAUACCUCUGGUGAUCCAAUUAAAGCUAUGGUUUCAGCUAUUUAUCCCAGCAUUGAACAACCUGCUCUUGAACCAUCUUACUUUAAAGAAAGAGCUAUUAUCACACCAAAAAACAUUACUGUUACUGAAAUCAAUAAUUUCAUACUUGGAGUUACACAUGGUCCUCAACGCAUUUAUCUUAGCAAUGAUUCUGUUGAUGCAUCUUCCAGUGAUAACGACAAUAUAAACUUAUUAUAUCCAUUGGAAUUUAUAAACCAACUUGAGUUCAGUGGUGUUCCUUCGCACAUUCUUGCUUUGAAAAUAGGAGCGCCAAUUAUGUUGCUGAGGAAUCUGAGUCCAAUGAUAGGCUUAUGUAAUGGAACACGACUAAUCAUCACACAACUUGCUGAUAGAGUUAUUGAAGCUCAAAUUAUAACAGGCUCACACAUUGGUGACCGAAGCGGAGCUAUACAAGGAUCAUCCAAAGCAAGAGAUGCAGAAUUUUUCAAUCUCAACAUAAUCGAAGGUUCCUAUAUUGAGAUUAAAGACUUCUACACCUACGAAAAUCGAGCUGCUAAUAUUGUUGUUGAUCAUGAGGCAAUUAUUGACUUAAAGUCUGAUACCAAGAUAAUGCAUCUUGAUUCUGUUAAACAUGAUGUGCCGCGAUACCAUUUCAACCUCACUGACUUUGCACAUGUCUUAACCAAAGGCAGAGGAUCAAGAGUUCUUACAGAUGUUCUGGGUCGACUUAAAGGAAUCCAGCCAAUUGAAAAGAUAUUAGUUCAAGGUCACAGACUUGAAGAUAAAAAAGAGUUCAUCAUUGAGAAUAUAAGGGGAGAAGAUCUCCGACUUACUUUAUGGGGAGACGUUGCUCGAAGCUUUGAUGAUAAUAUCGUUAAUGCGCAAGAAUCUCCCAUAAUUGUUGUCUUUGCCGGGUUUCGAGUUACAGAAUUCCGAGGUGCAGCAAAUUUAACUGGGACUGCUGCAUCACUUUGGUAUUUCAAUCCAAAUAUUCCAGAAGUUCUGCCAUAUAAGCAAUUGUAA